AUGGUCGUUAGAACAGGGGGCACCAGAAAGUGCUUCUACGAAUUCCAGACAUUGGUAGCAUGCUACACCUCUGCUGACACUUCCAGCAAGAAGGUGUGCACUCCGCAAUACGACGAUUACUUUGAAUGUUUGCAUGGAUACAAGGAAAGAGAGAAGGCUAGAUUGAUGAUGCAACAGUUGAAGGAGAAUGAGCUGACAAAGAAGGGUGUCACUGCCACGGAGUUGUACAAGUCUGGUAAUGGUGUUUACGAAAACUUAAAGUUGGUUGAGUAA